AUGCCGAUAUCAGGCAUAGCAUCGCCAAAAUCCUCGCGAAAUAAUGAGCGCACAAACAAGAGAAGACUUCCUUCAAAGAGAAGAAAAAGUGUCUCACGCCGCUACCGACAAUGUCAUGAAGCAAACUCUUGCAACAGCGAAGUCAGCUCAUAUGCCUCAGCUCCUCCUGAAAUGCUGUCAACUCUUUCUUCUACGUUGUCAGAGGACUUUUGCACCUCAGAAGAUGAAACUCUCAGUGAUGUUGUUUGUCCCUUGAGAUGUGAGCAAAGCAACAAACAACAUCGUCCGCUUCCUGGCAUUGCAGAUCACGAUGACAAUGAUUACGAUGGUCAAAUGAAUAAUCGAGGUAGUCCCGCGGCAUGUAUUUUUGUUGCAAGCCUUGCCAAGGAAAAGUCUGACCGCGAUCUCAAUCGAUCCGUCUGGAAACACUUUAGCCAAUGGGGUAGGCUACUCCAUGUCAAGGUUUUAAAAGAUUGGAUGUCUCGACCAUAUGCAUUUGUCCAAUAUGCGCACCUAAAUGAUGCAACCAUAGCCCUUGAAAAUGCACCAGGAACACUUCUUGAUGGCAGAAAAAUCCGCUGUGAGCAGGCACGUGUCAAUCGCACCAUAUGUAUAUCGAGCAACAACACAUAUAUGCCACUGGAAAAAGACGAAGUUCGCAAUAGACUAUCGUCGUUUGGCAGUAUCGAAUCCAUGAGAAUGGUGGACGUUCCCACUGAACAAGAAAUGAAGAUGUACGCAUAUGUCAAAUAUCAAUACCGCGACGACGCUAUUAAAGCAUUUUUGAUUCUUCGUGGCGAUGCUGAACUCCGGAGCAAAUGGUGCAUCGAUUGGGCUGCAAACCUAGAUGUUGCCUCUUCAAACUUGUCGACCAUCAUCAGAAGUCCCCAUGUUGCUCGUAUCGGUGGAAGCAGCCAUCAUUCAAACGCCUCAUACACCUCUAUAUCAAAAGACAGAAGCAGUAUCUUUAUUGGCAAUCUAUUCUCUUCUGUCACUGAGAAUAUCCUACGAGAACGAUUCUCCUGCUAUGGACAAAUUGUAUCUGUGCGCAUUAUCCGCAAAUCGCCAUUUUCAAAGAUGAACCUCAAACAAGAGCGCGUCUUUGCCUUUGUCAAGUAUGAGAAAUUUGAAUGUGCAGAGAAGGCUAUUGCGGAACAGAAUCAAGCCAUAUGGAACGGGAGACAGUUACGAGUAGCUUAUCGUGAGAAUAAGCAUUUUGGCAGACUUGAGAAAACUAGUCUUCAAGUGGAUCGGCCCCAUCCUCCUGGCGCAGGUUUUCCUGCCUCAAUCUAUCCGUAUUUGUUGGGUACAAGCCCAGGUCAUGUGCAAGAGACAAGUGUGCCACGCACAGACCAUCGACAUGCAAGCUCCGAUGAUGAUCAAUGCGCCUUGGAAACUCAGCCUAAUGGCAACGCCAGCUUCGAAAAAAGAAGCCAACAUCUAUCCACAUACGUUGAUUACUGUUGUAGUUUGUCGGAGCAUGAUGGUAAUAUCCGUACAAGCCAUGGUAUCUCGCACCAAUUUCAUUCCAACAUGUCACGUUUGGGUAUGGAGGCAAACAAGGAUAUUCGAGGAGACAACAGCAUGCAACCCGCCGUGACCAUGUACUUUCCCACGACAGGGUACUACAGUUAUACUGCUUCAGGAACAUAUCCACUUGAGAAUUCAGUGCCCAUGGAGUAUUAUCUUCCACCUGCAGGAAUACGAGUGAUAGCACCACAUCAUCAAAUUCCAAGCUCGUCUGGUUCUGACCGACGCCAUAGCUGUUUUCCACAUCCACCUAUGAAUCACUCUCACUAUCCACAGUGGAGUAACGCCUUUUGUUACAACGGACCAACAUUUUAUAUGGCGCCAACGAUGUAUACAAGUUUUCCGCUACCAUUGGGAACCGACGCCACCGGGAAUAUGACUCAUAUAGUCUCGAUUCCUUCGUCUGAUUUGCCAUAUUCAACCAUGGAAAAGACACCCACAAAUGAGCAUGCACUGCAUGAAAGAACACAGUAA